AUGGUGCACAUGAAUAUCCUGGCAGAUGCUCUGAAGAGCAUCAACAAUGCUGAGAAUAGAGGCAGACUCCAGGUCCUCAUCAGGCCCUGCUCUAAAGUCAUUGUUUGGUUCCUAACUGUGAUAAUGAAGCAUGGUUACAUUGGUGAGUUUGAAAUCAUUGAUGACCACAGAGCUGGGAAAAUUGUCGUGAACCUCAUAGGUAGGUUGAGCAAGUGUGGAGUAAUCAGCCCUAGAUUUGAUGUGCAGCUCAAAGACCUAGAAAAAUGGCAGAAUAAUCUGCUCCCAACCCAUCAGUUUGGCUUCAUUGUACUGACAGCCUCAGAUGGCAUCAUGGACCAUGAAGAAGCAAGACGAAAACACACAGGAGGGAAAAUCCUGGGAUUCUUUAUCUAGAGAUG